UUUAUCAAAAUUCAAAACACUGAUACGCACUGCUUAAAAUUAAACUUAUUAAUAAAAACUUUGUUUUGUGUUCCUUUUUAGAUAAGAUACAAAGUAGUAAGAAUGCCUCCUAAAAAGCAACCUGAAAAAGGCGGGAAGGGUAACGCAGCAGCUAAAGGUGGAUCGAAAUCCGGCGGCGAUUCAAAAGAAUCUGGCGGGAAAGAAAAAAAAGGUGGCACCGCUGUCAAAGUCCGUCAUAUAUUGUGCGAGAAACAGUCGAAAUGUUUAGAGGCCCUAGAAAAAUUGAAAGCCGGUCAAAAGUUUCCUGAUGUAGCUGCUGCAUAUAGUGAGGAUAAAGCGCGUCAAGGUGGAGAUUUGGGUUGGAUGACGCGCGGUUCUAUGGUGGGACCAUUCCAGGAUGCAGCAUUUGCUUUACCAAUUUCUUCCGUAACAAAUCCAGUGUACACUGACCCUCCCAUUAAGACCAAAUUCGGAUAUCAUAUUAUUAUGGUAGAAGGCAAAAAAUGAGUGAUACAGUGUUUGAGUUUGAAUAUUUUUGGGCUAUACUACUACUAUUCAUUAUGGAACGGAUUUGUUGUUUACAAGAACAAUUUGAUAAGGAUUUUGCAUUACUGCCUGAUUCACAGCAAUCAAAUGAAUCCCUUGUUUCAAAUAUUGAAGACUUUGCCAAUAGAGAGUAAGCCCAGUUCUAUAUACCAUUUUCAAUAAUAUGUAUUAAUUAUUAUUAUAAAACUUUACAGGUACUUGGUAUUGCUUGCCAGACUUAUGUAUCAACUUGCAUAUAUUGAAUGAAACACAAAUACAUUUCCAACUUAAUCAUAUUAAUUUGUUUUUCCAGUUUUGGACUGAAACUAAGUUUUCUAAGGCUGUAUCGGUUAAUGCAUAUCACAAUGCUAUUGACAUUAGUAUAUUUUUGCAAUAUUUGUCUAUGGUUCAUUAUGAUCAAGAAAAAUUCAAGCAAAUCAUAUGCUUACCGUUUCAGAUUAUUUUUUCCGGCUAGUCAAUAUGUGAAUAAAAUUUAAUACUGUUUUA